AUGGCUGCGAAUUUCCCGCAUGUCGACGUCCGUCGUGAUGGCUUCGGUGCCGGUGCGGCCUCGGGAGUCAUCGCCCUCUCCUUUCUCGACGCAAUAACAUACUCAUGCUCCAACGUCCGGCUAGUGAAUACUCAAGCUGACCAUCGUCACAGCGCUGAUAUGGGCCUCAUCGGCCUGGCCGUUAUGGGUCAAAACAUUAUCCUCAACGCCGCCGACCACGGUUUCACCGUUGCCGCCUUCAACCGUACCGUCUCCAAGGUCGACCGAUUCUUGGCCAACGAGGCCAAGGGCAAGUCCAUCGUGGGCGCUCACUCUCUGGAGGAGUUCGUUUCAAAACUUAAGAGCCCCAAGCGAGUCAUGCUUCUCGUCCAGGCCGGUAAGGCCGUCGAUGACUACAUUGACACCCUCAUCCCCCUCCUUGAGAAGGGUGACAUCAUCAUCGACGGUGGUAACUCUCACUUCCCCGACUCCAACCGCCGCACCAAGUACUGCGCUUCCAAGGGCAUCCGCUUCGUCGGCUCCGGUGUCUCUGGUGGUGAGGAGGGUGCCCGCUACGGUCCCUCCAUGAUGCCCGGUGGUAACGAGGAGGCCUGGCCCCACAUCAAGGACCUUUUCCAGAGCAUCUCCGCUAAGAGCGACAACGAGCCCUGCUGCGACUGGGUCGGUGAUGAGGGUGCCGGUCACUACGUCAAGAUGGUCCACAACGGUAUUGAGUACGGUGACAUGCAGCUUAUCUGCGAGGCCUACGAUAUCCUGAAGCGCGGUCUCGGCCUCUCCUGCAAGGAGAUUGGCGAUGUCUUCGCCAAGUGGAACAAGGGUGUCUUGGACUCUUUCCUGAUCGAGAUCACCCGUGACAUUCUGUACUACAACGAUGACGAUGGAACUCCCCUCGUCGAGAAGAUCCUCGACCAGGCUGGUCAGAAGGGUACCGGCAAGUGGACCGCUAUCAACGCCCUUGACCUCGGUAUGCCCGUCACCCUCAUCGCCGAGGCUGUCCUUGCCCGCUGCCUGUCCUCCAUCAAGGAGGAGCGUGUUAAGGCUUCCAGCAAGCUCCAGUACGUUGGCCGCACCAACAAGUUCGAGGGCAACAAGGAGCAGUUCAUCGACGACCUCGAGCAGGCUCUGUACGCCUCCAAGAUCGUCUCCUACGCUCAGGGUUUCCAAUUGAUGAACGAGGCCGCCAAGGAGUACGGCUGGAAGCUUAACAAGCCCUCCAUCGCCCUCAUGUGGCGUGGUGGCUGCAUUAUCCGCUCCGUCUUCCUCAAGGACAUCACCAACGCUUUCCGCAGCAACCCCGACCUCGAGAACCUUCUCUUCGACGACUUCUUCAACAAGGCCAUCCACACUGCUCAGCCCGGCUGGAGAGACGUCGUCGCCAAGGCCGCCCUCCUCGGUAUCCCGACCCCGGCCUUCUCCACCGCUCUGUCUUGGUUCGACGGUUACCGCACCAAGGAUCUCCCCGCCAACCUCCUCCAGGCUCAGCGCGACUACUUCGGUGCCCACACCUUCCUCGUCAAGCCCGAGUCAGCUAACGACAAGUACCCCGCUGGCCAGUACCACCACGUCAACUGGACCGGCCGCGGAGGUAACGUCUCUGCUUCUACAUACAACGCUUAA